GUGCUGAAAACACUCCACAAACUCGGAGCAGACAGACAAGGAGGAAGGUGCUUUGCUGUCACUCUGCAGUCUCUAAGACACACAGGAAAUAUUUCAAACAUGGCAGAUGCUAAAACCUGCUGUCUUGGAGCAGCCUGCUCUCUCUCCAUUUUUUUUGUCCUAAUCUGUUGUGUUGAUGCAGCUUCAUUCCAACAUUAUCAGAUGCUUCAGAAAGAUCCAGACUAUGUAAUGAAAAACUUACAAAGGCUCCCAAGCCCAGAUAUGAUCAGAGCUUUGGAAUAUAUAGAAAGCCUCCGCAAACAAGCUAACAAGGGAGAAAGCAGCCCAGAUUAUAAUUCCUAUCAAGGUGCCCCAUUUCUUCUGCAGCAGAAAGAAAGCAAAGAUCAGAGCUAUCUACCAGAUAAUAUAAGGGAUUCUUUGACUGAAGAUGAGUCACAGUGGGUGAGGGUAAUGCUGGAAGCCUUGAGGCAAGCAGAAAAAGAGUCAAAAGCUGGAUCAAGAGAAAAUAAACCAUAUACUAUGAGUUCAGACAGUAACUUCCCAGUUGGAGUGAAUGAUGAUUAUGAAGCUUAUAAGUGGCCUGAGAGGCAUCCCAAAAAUCCCCAAAUGCCAUACCCAUACUAUGAAGAAAGUUCAAGAGACAGUCCAUUUAAGCGUACCAAUGAAAUAGUGGAAGAACAAUAUACGCCCCAAAGUCUUGCUACUUUGGAGUCAGUGUUUCAAGAGUUGGGCAAGAUGGCAGGACCAACUAAUCACAAAAAAGAAAGGCUAGAUGAGGACCAGAAACUGUAUACAGAUGAUGAAGAUGAUGUAUAUAAAGUGAAUAAUAUUGCAUAUGAAGAUGUAGUUGGAGGAGAAGACUGGAAUCCAAUAGAGGAAAAAGUGGAAAGCCAAAUCCAAGAAGAGGUAAAAGAUAGUAAAGAGGAAAUUGAUAAGCAAGAAGAAGAAAUCAAUGAAGAAAUGAAGAGGUCAGGGAAACUUGGCAUUCUGGAGGAUGAAAUGAGGAGGGAGAAUAAAGAGCAAAUGUCAGAUGAUUUAUCUAGGUUAAUGAAUUACUAUCUGAAGCGGCUGAUGAGCAGUGGUGGGAAUGGGAAGCUAAGGACGGGACAACAUGAAAUAAAAAGGGCAGCCACAUUUUUGGAAAAGCAAUUUGAUCCUCAGUCUAUAGCUCAGUUAAUAGAAAUCUCAAGGAAUUUACAAAUCCCUCCUGAGGAUUUAAUUGAUAUGUGGAAAGCUGGAGAAAAGAAACAACAACAGAGUGAAAGGCUGGAGACAGAGCAGGAAGCUGAGCUCCCAGAAGAUCUUGAUGACUUAUCAGACACUAAUAUAGGCCACUCCAAUAUAUUUAAAAAUAAUAGGAACUCUAAAAAUGGAUACAUGAAGCAGCCCAUUAAUAUUGUGCCGGAAAAUCUACCUGAAGACCUCAAUAUUGAAGAUAUUGUCAGUCUUUUGGGAACAGAUAAUUUAGUUAAUCAGAAUCCCUCCUACUUAGUAAAUCAGCUUAAUCAAGAAAAUAGUUUACCAAGACUGCCCUACAUCCCUGGAAGACCUAAAGGAUCUCAAUUUCCUAACACAGCUUGGAUUAAUGAUUUGGAAAGACGACAAAUGGAAUAUGAAAAACUCAAUGAGAAAGAUGAAGAACUUGCUGAUUACUUGGCAAAGAUGUUGGCAAAAUACCCUGAAGUUAUCAAUACAAACCAGAUGAAACGAGUCCCAGCCCCAGUUUCAUCUGAAAAUGAUCUGCUGGAAGAUGACCAGCUUGAGCAAGCAAUCAAAGAACAUUUAAAUCAACUGGGGCCACAAGAAUCUGAUAAAUUAGCCUCUCUCAACAAAAGGCUUUCAAUGACCCAGGAGAAUGAUGACACACAAACUAGGCAGUAUCUGGAUGAGGAUAUGCUAAUGAAGGUGCUGGAGUACCUAAGCCAGGAAAAAUCAGAAAAAGGAAGAGAUCACAUUACCAAAAGGGCAAUGGAAAAUAUGUAAUUUGUUCCCCAAAUAUUAUUUCUCUUCAAUGUGUUUGACUUCUAGCCAAUUUGGUUGUAAUUUUUCCCCCACUUAACGGUAGACUCACAGUAGACU